CGACUGUGAUUGGUCGAUUUUCUUAUGCUUACGUUUUACGUCCUUACGGAAUUUUAUGUGUAAAGGCCUUUAGCAUAGACAACUUUCAUCGGGUGUAAAAUAAACGUUUUCUUGUACGCAACAUAUGUCACGUGUUUAAUAACUAUAACCUUGUAGCUCUGACAUAGACUCUCUGUAGUACUUCUGUCACUAUUUUUGCUGCUUUUGUCGUUUAUUAUCGCUGGUGUUGUCUUUUUUUACUUUUGUCGUUUUAUUUUAUCUAGCAAAUGACUUGCCGUGAUUUCAUGCUUCGCGUAUGUAUGAGAAAUCCUUGCAAGAUGCGUCACGAGGUGGAGAAAUGCAAGAACGAGUUUUGCACUCAAAACAAAACUUGCAAAAGGAUGCAUCUCACCGACUGCGAAGUUAACGAAAUAAAUAGGAAUAUACGGCCCUUUCGAAAAUCCGUUAACGACGAAAUGUAUCGAUUGGCAUAUAUUUUAAGAGACUCUUUCCCACCAGAAUUAAAAAAUCAUUGCUGUACAUUAAAUAUGUUGGGUCAGUGUGUAUGGAUGUGUGCAGUUUGCAGAAAAAGUUGCAGCACAAGUACUGUACCAGUAUGCAAUAAAUGCUACAUUAAACUAACACGUAGCAAUAUAAUGGCUCUGAGAUGUGGUCAUACCUACUGCAAAUAUUGCUUUGAUCUCCUCUCGUUUCACGUAGAUGGUCCACUUCCCAUGUACUAUUGUAAACAUUGUUGUGAAUGGGCAACGAUUUUUAUAUUGUAUUAAAGUAGAUGAAGAGGAAUCAAACAAUUGGCUAACAAUAAGAUGGAAAAUGGAGCAAAUGAAGACAGAGAAAAAGUUUGAGUUUAAGUUGAUUUUUCACUUCUAAGUUUAUUUUCUACUUAUAAGUUUUUCAAAAGUGUAUUAUAUAUAAAUAAACAUUUAUUUUUGUAACGAGACACUAAUUCUUUAUCUCUUUCUUUUUCUAACCAAUCUCAAAAAGUAUUUAACAUCAAACUUUUGUUGUACCUGUCCAUAGAAAUAACGCAAAAUUCGACAUUCAUGAAACGUACAACUCCAUUUUUCCUCAUUUAACAGAAGUUGACAGUAAAAAUAUUGAGGAAGAUAAUUUUAUAAGAUUUUUCAAUUCUUGUCUCGUGUGGCUUUCUUCUUAAGCAUAAUAAUUACCGAGUUAUGCUUUAUCCCAUUGGCCACGAUUCUUGUUUCUUGUCAACAUUACACCUAAUUAUUUUCUAAAUUAUAGAUGUUGAAAAAUAAUAGUUGAAUAGUCUUGUGAGAUAAGUUACAAAAGGUAAUAUUAAUGUUAUAAUACAAUUUUUAAGCAUUUAUGUUAUUAUAAUGCAAUACAUUAUUAUCAUCACUUAUACAAUGAAUAGCAUUUGCUUAAAGGAGUAAUAAAGGUUAUAGAGGUAGGAAUUAUAAAGGUUAUAGUAGAGGUAGGAGUUAUAAAGGUUAUAGAACGUUGCUAAUUACUGCUUAUAUAUCAGUCUAAUAUUCCUACUAGCACACAUAUAAAAUCCAGGACAUUUAUCGACUAAACAUGUUUUUUUCUAUGCUGUCGUAGUAUUUUAAAAUAGAACCGUUGCAACACAACUGUUGAGCGUAGAUUCAUAAUAGUUAAGAAAUAAUAAAGAAAAUUUUAAAAUUCGAUCAUAGAAAUAAAGUAAAUCUGUAAAUGUACACAGAUUGAAAAAUUGUAAACUAUGUUGUAAAGUAGUUUGAUUCUUACCUCAAUAUAAAGAUAAAUCAUACUAAUCAUAAUAAUUAUGGUACAAAUAUAUACUUAUUAAUUGUUAUAUAAUCACACACACAAUUUAGUAUACUUAUCGUAUGUACAUCCUUGAAUACAAUCCUAAUUUUUGUUUUCUAUUAUUUCACUUAUGUUAAUUUGUCUUAUUUUAUAUAAUAUAAGAACAGCACACAUUUUAGCGACCCAGCGAGAAAUGAAUUGUCGAUCGACAUCAAAACGUCUGACAUCGAUUCGACAUUGUUUUGACAUCGAUCGACAAAUUAUUUCUCGCUGGGGAGAGAUUUGUUUUAUAACUUGUACUUUUCUAUGUGCACAAUUGUGACUUUCAGAUUUUAACGGAAGAUUAUAUUAAAUAUUUAAUAUUAGGUAAAUGUAUUGUAAUACUGGUGGUCUCAUGCGUGAUACUGUAAAUGUGAUACAAGAAAAAAUGUGUUAAAAAUAAAUAAAAUUACACCACAUAUGCGCGCUAAUUGGAAGAAUUACAAGAACAAAUAAAUUAAGAAGAGUAUUCGAGAUAAUCUCUACUGAAUGAAACUUGUGAAUACGUGCAAACAUCUUUUGAGUAUCAAACAAUUCUUGUUACAGUCUGCUAUUAAUCACUUUGCAAAUAAUUUGAUACUAA